AUGCCAUCUAUACUUCAGAGAUUCCUACCUCCCCCUCCUCAGCAGUUAUCCUUGCUGGAUCUGCCACUCGAAAUAUUAGGGGAGAUUGUCAAGUGGCUUCCAAUCGAGGAUACUGCCUGUCUCGCUCUGGCCUGCAAGCACCUCUUCUUCCGAUAUUGUUCCGUUCACAAAGCCGACGACCUUCGCGAACCUCGCCCACUUAUUGGGAAGAAGCCCCUUGUACGGCGAAAUGCAGAAAAACAACUCCCGGUCGCCUUCCUGUGUCGUCUCGAAAAUUCUCGAUGGAAAUUUUGCCUCGAAUGCUGGAAACUGCACCCACGAACUAAGAGACGGCUACCCUGGGAGCACCACUGCUACGAGUGCUAUUUACUUUACGGGGGCCAGUGUGUACUGGAUGCAGGUGUCGUUGACUUGUGCCCUUGUCUCAGCAUUACAUAUCGGGAUAUGCUCCGGUUGAUUGGAUCAAUCAAAACUCUUGAGAGCAGCCGCCAAAGUUCCGGAGAAGGAUACUAUGAAGAGGCGUUGUCUCCUGGAGGAUCUAACCUGAUUCGGAAAGAACUGGUUCACCAUUGCGAGAUCACAGAUCAUCCCGAAGCAAGAGCUGAGGUUACCACAAAGGUCUUCAUGGAUACCGGGAACAAUUUGAUUGUUCUGAAUAAGUAUCUCUUCAAUGGCUUCAAGUCAAUCGCUUGCACUUCUGAAGUGAGUCACUCAUCGACAUGUCCGCAUGAAGACACAGGCAAAUGGCUUCAGUCGUUUUUCAAAGACGUCGGUGGCGGAUUUACAGGAUAUCGAAAAUGCUCUCGGCGUCACCUUGAAUGUCGAAUUACUCACUGCACGAGGAAAUCAGAUGGGAAGAGCUUUGAAGUCAAUGUUUGGAGAAGCCUGGGGACAGGAGAAGGGAGUGAUAAGAAUUGGAAACAUAACCGUCGACGUGAGGGUCCCACAUGGUACAACAGACUAAGGGAGAAGAUUCAUGAAUCAAGCGACUAUGUUCAACGGGUGUUUCAUGACACUUGA